CUCCGGCUGUGUGCUGCUGUCCGGGUCCGGGAUGUUACCCCACUCUUUGCAAUGCCCCCCUGCUUUCCUCUAUCUGCCCCAGGGUAACCAAGAGGCCCCAGCUCCCCCUGAAGCCAUGGCCCAACCGUUCCCACCGGCCCAGUACCCCCCUCCACCACAGAAUGGCAUCCCAGCGGAGUACGCCUCGCCCCAUGCCCACCCGCCCGCGGACUACAGCGGUCCGAGCACGGUGGCCGAGCACGCCCUGGCGCUGUACACGGCGGCGCUGACGCAGAGCGAACAGGCGGGAAACGACAGCAGCAGCCCCGCCAUCACGGCCAACACAGUAACGCAGGCGGAGGAGGUGGUACAGACGGAGAUUUCCCAGCAGCUCCACCUGCAGCCCAGCGACUCGUCGGAGAAGCAGCAGCCCAAGAGGUUACACGUCUCCAACAUCCCCUUCCGCUUCCGAGACCCCGACCUGCGGCAAAUGUUCGGGCAAUUUGGCAAGAUUUUAGACGUGGAGAUUAUUUUUAACGAGCGAGGCUCCAAGGUCAACAAUGCCACAGCCAGAGUAAUGACCAACAAGAAGGUGGCCAACCCGUAUACAAACGGCUGGAAGCUGAACCCAGUGGUCGGAGCCAUAUACAGCCCUGAGUUUUAUGCAGUCACAGGGUUUCCUUACCCCAGCACAGGGGCAGCUGUGGCCUACAGAGGGGCCCAUUUGAGAGGGAGGGGCCGCGCCAUCUACAACACAUUCCGUGCUGCACCUCCUCCUCCACCCAUCCCUGCCUAUGGAGCUGUGGUCUACCAGGACGGCUUCUAUGGAGCAGAAAUAUACGGCGGCUAUGCAGCGUACAGAUACGCCCAGCCAGCUGGUACCGCUGCAGCUGCUUACAGCGACAGUUACGGCAGAGUCUAUGCAACAGCAGACCCAUAUCACCAUGCGAUUGGUCCUGCAGCCACGUACAGUGUGGGCACUAUGGCUAGCCUUUACAGAGGAGGGUGCGGUCGCUUCACUCCCUACUAGUAAAGAGAGAGCCACGCCCCCUUUCCUUCCCCGCAAAACAGACACACACAAAAACAGCAACAAAUGAAAUGGCUAAAUAACCAUCUUCACCCUCUUCAUGGAACAAAUACCAAUAAAAGGCUUCCAGGUGGCACAUGUGAGCCUGAGAGUCCAGAGUCACUCUGAAGCUGCUCCCUCACACACAGUGUACACACUGUCAUGUAUUGAUGUAAUGUACUUAUUUUGGAAAAGAAACAUUUUGUUACUCUGUGUUGACUUGAAUGUAUUUGUAUUGACAUCUGUGGUGGUAUAAA